GUCGUUCGUUACUGUAGUUAAGAGUCUCUCACCUUGGAUGUGCUUUUUGACCUCCUCCUCUCUCUCCCUCCAUCCAAAAGAAGCUCUUUUCUCUCUCCUCUUCUGCCUUCUCCAAACCGCCGGAGCAAAAACCAAAACAAAAAAGCUGUCUGAACUCAUAAAGAAACUUACUCUACAUUGAAAAGAAACGCAGCUCAAAUGAGUAUCUGGAUCUCUGGUUCUUCGGAUUCAAGAAAGGAGCAUACUUUUGUCUAAUGAUAGAUAGUUACUUCACUGAGAUUUUCAAAUUAUAAAGUUUUGAUUUUUAUUGUUAGGUCAGUUCGAAAGUUUGCCUUUUUCUUGGUUUGAGUUCUUUUUGAGUGUCUUGUUGUGUAAUGGAGAGUAAUGAUGACAAAAACCUGAAGGCUAUUAAUGCUUCAGUAGGAAGAUUGGUCUGGGUUCGUCUCCGUAACGGUUCUUGGUGGCCAGGACAGACUCUGCUUCAUGAGGAAGUUCCUGAAAGCCCUCUGCUUUCUCCAAAACUCGGCACUCCUAUAAAGCUUCUAGGUCGUGAUGAUGUUGGCAUUGAUUGGUAUGUACUUGAAAAGUCCAAGAGCGUGAAGGCGUUUCGUUGUGGAGAGUAUGAUGCUCACAUUGAGAAAGCAAAGGCUUCUGCUGCUGCAGCGAGGGCUAGUAGUAAGAAGACUGUCAAAUGUACUCGCCGAGAGAAUGCCAUUAUCAGUGCCUUAGAGAUUGAGAAUGCACAUCUUGCAAAAGAAGACCAUCCAGACAAUAAUUUGUGUAGUGAGGAGGAAGAUGAUGAGGUUACAGAAUCUGAAGAUAGAGGAGAAGCUGAAGAUGAACUUGAGCUAUUGCAAUCUAGUAUGUCUUCCCAAGAAAUGGUGAAGGUGGAGCCAAAGAGAAGAAGAACACCGAAUGACUCUGAAGAAGAUGGGACUGAAGGAAACAAGCGAAUGAGAGGGCUUGAGGACAUUGGAAAAGAACAUGUGGGUGCUACUGUCUUGCAUAGGCAAGAAAUGGGUUCAAUCUGUGAUGUAAACCUCAGUAAUGGCUAUAUUGUUUCCAAUGGGUACAAGGCAUGCUCACCGUUGUCACUGAAAAGAAAAAGGUCCCAAGUCACUAACGGUAGUGAGUGCUCUAAAAGGAAAAACCGAAGCCGGCAACUGACAAAGGUGUUAGAGUGUACAGCUAUGGUCUGUGUCCCUGGUACCUCUGACCAGCUUGUCACAUCUGGAUUGGAGCCUGUUGAAUCCAUGAAGAGUGUAUCUGUUGUAAUCAACAAUAACUCAGAUAGCACUGGGGUCUCAUGCGAGAAUGCUCCUGAGAAUGUUGUUGGAGACUCACAUAACAACAAGGCAAAAGACAGUGAAACUUCCAGCGUAUCAGUUUCAGCGGAAGACGCUGUGCAGUUAUACGAUGUUCCAUUAACUGAAGGAGAAGCAAAACACUCUGCAGGUUUUCCAGCAGCUUGCACCAUUUCCUCAUCAAGGGCAGCUCUUGUUUCCGCCUUGACAAGGCGGUGUAGUCAUGAUGUGUCUGUUAAGAAAGAGGCAAGAAAUGGAUCAGCUUUUGCAAAUCCACCAGAUACACAACUUGUCAUCUGGAACUCGAACGGGAUUGAGAAGAGCACUUCUAAGUGGAAGCUAAAAGGAAAGAGGAACUCAAGGCAGAGGAGUAAGAAACAAGAAGCGAGAAGUGGUGUGUACAGCGAGGAAGCUAAUAAUAACAGGCCACUGCUUCUUCCUGCGCUGUUCGAAGUGAAGAUUGAAGUAAGAGCUAGCUGUAACAAACCACGAGUUCCACUGGUUUCUCGUAUGAGUAAACUGAACGGUAAAGCUAUUGUGGGGCAUCCUGUAAGUGUUGAAGCCUUGGAAGAAAGCUACUACAACGGUAUGGUGAUGUCUCAAGCUGUUGUAAAGGCAAAGUCAUUGUCUAAAAAGAAGAGCAACAAGAGGAAAACAACUGGUCCUUUUGGAAAGUCAUCGAAGUCAAAGAAGAAAUCGUCUUCCCUAUCGGUAAAGACAAGAAGGCUCUCUACUCUGACGGAAAGAAGCAAGAAGCAGACAAUAGAAAAGCUAAAGGAAACGGUUGUGGCUUGUAUACCGUUGAAAGUAGUGUUUAGUAGGAUAAACCAAGUGUUGAAAGGCUCAGCAAGACAAACACAACACCGAGCAUUGCCAUCUGCUGUCAAAACAUGAGAGAUAUGUGGCUUUUACUUCUUUUUUUUUCUGUUUGUUUCCACUUUCAUAGAUCUGUAAUAGGCUGCUUUAGGAGUGAACCAUCACUGAUGGGUUUUGCUGUUUUGGGUACACAAAGACUGAGACUUUUGAGUCAUUCAGUGAGAGUCAAAACAUGGGCAAAUGUACAUAUAGCAGUAGUUAAUGGUUGAGAUGUAAAACUGAGAGAUUUAGAGGUUGAAGAGAUGAGAUUACUGCUUAGAGAGGAUUUGCUUGUUUCAGUUUAUUAACUCAACAUUGUUUGUUUUUGAACUUUCAAGUUCUUGUUCUGUGGUUUA